UACACACUGACGCUAACAUGUAACAUGACACGCUAGCAUUUCGAAUUUCAAUACUCUUAACAAAGUGAAAAUGUAAUACAUGUGAAUAGAGACUUCCAAAUAAAGUACGAUAUUUAUUUGGGAUAGCAACAAAGAAAGGAAGAGGAAGUGAGUCAUUUCCAUUUGUAUCUCCAUUCACAACGAAAAGUGGAAGAGAAAACAAACUUUCCGUCAAUCUAGUCAGGAAGAGGAAGUGAGUCAUUUCGUUUGUAUCUCCAUUCACAACCAACAGAGGAAGUGAAAACAAACUUUCCAGCAAACUAAUCAGAAUGCUUCAAUCACCUGAUAGCAGGAAACAUCUAUCACUGAUGUUAUCAGAGGUUUUAGAAGACAUUGGUGUGAAUGACAGAAUGAGGAUGAGAACAAGAAGAGUUAUCAAGUUGAUGGAGAAUAUGGAUACUAUCACAAUGAAGUCAUUUGGAAAUAACACUAUUUCAUAUUAUCUAGGGAGUAAGAUUGAGGGAACAACUACUUAUGGACUAAAGUCAGACUUCGAUAAGCUAUGUCUUAUGAAUUAUUACAAUGUAAUACAGAACAGGUCAGAGUGGGAACAUGGCAAAAUAAACUUCUUCAUGAUACAGGAUGAGCACACUACCCCUGGGUAUUGUUUUCUUCAGCUUCUCCAAGAUAAUAGACCUCUUCCUGCCACUGUUGUUCCUGAUAAAAGAUAUAUAUCCGAUUGGAAAGGAAGAAUAUUGCAUAAAAACAAAUUAUAUGAAGCAGAUAAUACUAUACUAGUUACACAACAUGGACCAUCAUAUGCUACACAGGGGAGGAAAGGAUUCAAUGAUGCAGACAGAGUGUUAGCGUAUCCCUGUAAAUCAUGGCCAAAGUCAGCAGAAUCAGGAUGGUUAGAGAGACAAAGUAUUGGAAAAUGGCCAACACAAGACAUGAGAAGAUAUGCAGCCAGUACUGUGUGUUGUGUUGUUCCAACUGGGAGUAAGGUCAGUGAAUACCCUGAAUUGGAGUGGAGAAUAUCUACAUCCCUGGCAGAAAGAUGUCUAAUGUUUGAUUUAGAUAUAACACAAAUAAAGUGCUAUGUUUUACUGAAGAUGAUUCUUAAAUCUCUUUUAAAUCCUCAAGGGGAAAUAAACAUUUCAAGCUUCAUGUGUAAAACAAUUUUACUUCAUUGUAUAGAACAAAAAGAGCCAAGCAUUUGGAAAGAGAACAAUUUAUUAGAAUGUUUAAAAGACUGCUUGAUGAAAUUAAGCAGUUGUGUACAGAACGACAAUCUGUCACACUUCAUUAUACCUGAUAACAAUUUGAUUGCAGGGCAAUUAACAGCUGAGACAAAACGUCAACUUUUAAUCAAUAUAAAUGAUUUUAUACAGAAUGAUGUACAUAGUUUACUUAAAAUUAAUAUUGAUAAUCUUGGACACAGACUUCAAGUUAAACUGAAAUUAGUACCUGAAAGACAAUACAAUUUUUACUCUUCACUGAAUACUUGUGAAAUUGUUUCCGCUUUCAAUUACAUACUAUUCUCAAACAGUUGUGGCGGUAACUAUACUUUUUUUUUAAAAAAAAUCUCUAAUGAAGAUAUUGGAAUAAUGAAGCAAAAUGUAGAAGGGCUAAUGAGCUUCAAUAAUAAUCAUCAUAAAUUAGAACAAGCUGCAUUCACGUUCCUAGCACCUUUUGUCUGUUCCACAUAUGGAUCUGUCCUGGCCUCAGAAAGUAUAGGUUUAAAACAUCAAGUGUCACCUCAAGCCUUGGCUUGGCUUUUAAAUGGUUUUGAAUCAGAUGUCUCAUCUGGCAGACUGAAAUUGGCUUCAGUAUUCUACAGUUCUGGGGAUAUAGAGAAAACUGAACUAAUUUUGAGGAACACUGAAGAGCAGUUUUACUCUUUUCCUGUUUUCCAUUUUUGUAACUGCCCGUAUCUAGUGCCUACACCAAAAGUGCCAGUAAAAGUAGAAAGGGUAUUUAAUGAACAAAAUGUGGACUGCGUCAAAUAUAUUACAGCAAUUUGUGUCAGAUUUUUAAAAAAAGAGAUCAACUGUGUUCCUCAUGAACUACAAUAUGAAAUGUUUAGAUCUACACAGGACGACAUAAAACAUAGAGAUAAAUAUUUAGACCUUUGGAUGGACUUUGCUGUUGUUGAUUCUCUUCCUUUCCUGUACUUCCUACAAUAUAAAGUCUACAGGCAUCUUCAUAUGUAUAAGGAUCAACUAAAAGCUAUUAAUAAACUUGCAAACAUCAUAAAAACAGAUAAAACCCUUGGACAUAAAGAAACAGCUCUCAAUGUUUUAGGGCAAUGCAUGGAACAAGAAAACAGACCUAAACAGGCAAUAAAAUGUUACUUGCUUUCUCUGAGACAAAGAGAAAGAAACAAUGUGGCACGAAUUCAUAUAUGCCGACUUCUCUCCGGAGUUCUAGUUGACAAGGAGGUUAUACUUUAUAGCAGAAAGUGAAAUCACCUAAUUACGUGGUCAAGAAAUUUCUUUUCCAAAAGGUAAGAUAUUAAUAGUGCGAUGCAAAAAAUGUAAAAAAUCUUACAGCAGACGAAAUGAAAUUUCUUUGGAUCUUAAAUUUUUAAAUUGAUCUAUCCACGAAAAAAGUGCCCCCACGAAAAAUAAUGAUUUUGCAGUAUACAGGUGAAUAUAGACUGAGUGGGAUUGAUAUGACUGGACGUGCUAGCUGGCGGCAAAAUAUAACCUGAAUAUGAUCUACAUGGUAUGAGAAUCUCAUUGAUGGAGGAAUAUAACCAGAUUGAGGUGAAAAUGACUUGCGGUGCUAACGGAUCGGAGAAAAUAACCAGAUAGAGAUCUAUAUGACUCGAGAUGCCAGCUGAUGAGUAAAUAUAACCAAAUAUGGGGCGGUAAAUUAGGGUUAUAUUGAUCAAAGACGGUAAUAUCCUGCCAUACAUCACGCCAGCAACCUUUUGAUUGAUUUAUAAUAUUGCUUAUUCAAUUACUGUCGAAAACAUUACAAUAAUGAUAAUCUAUAUAGAAUGUUGACGGUUAUUACUCUUAAUGCAAGACCAAAUCCAUUGUGGAUAGUGUUCGUUUUUUGUCCUUUUGCUAUGAACUGGUUCUGUAUGAUCAGUGACUGAUGAUUGAUUUUGUAUCGCUGAUUGAUUUGUAUGAAAGUUAUUUUAUAAACUGAUAUUGCUCUGUUCUGGGAUAGCUUUGACAUGUUUAAAUAACUGAAAACUCUCAUUCUAUCAAAGUGAUAACGUCUUGAAAUAAGGUAGACAAUUUUAAAUAGAAAUACUUUGCGGAUUUCUAUUUUGUUAUAUUAUGAAGUGACAUUCUAUCAAAACUGGUAUGUAUAUACCUAUUUAAAUUUGAACUAUGAACUGUCUCUAAUGUAAAUAUUGUCAUGAUUGUAAUUGUUAGAUAUGUUAUUUAUAAAUUUUCUAUUG